UCCCACUGUUCCGGCAAAAUCAUUGUCCCAUGGAGUCACUCCUCCAGGCCUCUUCGUCUCUGUGGCCUCUGAGACCUAGAAUCCAUGGCCGAGAUUCCAUCUUCAACACGCCUCGCUUCUUCUUCUUUCAUACAUUCUCCCGCAGAGGAUCGAAAUCUCUUCCGGUGAUUGCUGCGGCGAGGAAGAAGAACAAGAAGGACGACACUCAUAGCUUUGUCUCCAAACCUGACGAAGCCACUGGUCCUUUUCCUGAAGCCGUUCUCCUCAAAGAAAAAAGAUUACAGGAGGAUGGCAAACUAGCUCCCGAGUUUGCCGAUGCUGAAGAAAAGGAGCUAUACGAGUUUUUGGACCUCCAGCUUCAGAGCGACUUGAACGAGGAAAGACAGCGGCACUAUGAGGUGGUGUAUCUGAUUCAUGAAAAAUACGCGGAGGACGUAGAGAGUGUCAACCAGAAAAUACAAGAUUUCCUGAUGGAAAAGAAAGGGAAAGUAUGGAGAUUUAGUGACUGGGGAAUGCGUAGGCUAGCAUACAAGAUACAGAAGGCGGAUUAUGCACAUUAUAUACUGAUGAACUUUGAGAUGGAGGCAAAGUACAUAAACGAAUUCAAGAGCCUGUUGGAUAAAGACGAAAGGGUGAUUAGACAUCUCGUGAUCAAACGGGAUGAGGCCAUCACUGAGGACUGCCCUCCCCCGCCCGACUUUUACAAGGUCCGUGCAAGUGAGGAUGAUGAUGAGUUUGAUGAUUAUGAUGAGUUUGAGGAUGAUGAGGAGUUUGAGGAUGAUGAGGAGUAUGAAGAAGAGGACGGUGAUGUUAUGGUUUUAUAUGAAGAUGAGGAAGAGGUGGGUGUUGGGGCCGGAAGAGAAAACCGGACUAGUGUAAAAGCGGGUUAAGGUGCAGAACUGUUGGAGUGGAUCCACACAUAGUCUAGUAGGUGUUAUGUUAUUAGGUGCUGCUUUACCCGGUUAAGCUGCAAAUGAAAGCUGGUUCAUUUGGUUUUGGUUUUGGUUUGGGUAUUAAACCGGAUUCGUUUGAACACAAAAGAAUUGCCAGUUCAGAGAAUAUAUAUAUAUAUAUAUAUAUAUACAGUUUCGUUGUUGGUUGAUAAUAAUGAUAUUUUUUUUUAUUGU